AUGGCAGCAGAGCGCCCUAGCGUCUUCCAGGAGGACGCGAGCACUGGCGGGAGAUCCCCUGAAGGCCUCCCUCAGCCCCCUCGGCCCUGGCAGCCCACGCCGGACUUGGCAACGUUGCUCGAGUGCCACGACCUCCAGGGCCGGGCCACGGGCUAUUCCAGGGCCCUCAUGGCCACACCUGCGUCCUCGGGGGCCCCGGAGGGAGGCGCUCUGGGUGGUGGAGAGUCAGCGUGGGUGCUGGAAGCCAAAGCCGUCUUUGCUGAAAGACAACUCGAGACCUUUCAAGUCCAAGUGCCGUGCAGCAGUACUGUGGAGGACCAGGAAGGCAGCGGUGCCCGGGGCCCUGCACCGCCCACGGCCGGCCUCUCAAGGCUUCCCGGGCCCCCCAGGCCCGCCCGGAGCCCCCAGCAGCCCCCCGUCUGCCCCUCACUGCUGCCCCGGGACCCCAAGGUCCCCACGCCCACCGUGGCCCCUCCGGCUCCCCAGGCUCACCCAGAACCCACCCUCAGCCCCGUGUCGGCCCCCCAGGCCUGCCCAGAGCCCCCGUCGGCUCCUCAGGCCCCUCGAAGACCCCCGUCGGCCCCCGCCCGUCCAGAGCCCUCCCUCUGCCCCAGGACCCCGCCCGUCCGAAACCCGCCGUCGUCCCUCCCGGUUACCCCCCAGGCUCUCAGGCCCACUCGGAUCCCCCCCCCCACAAGCCCGCCCGGAGGGCCUGGAGGCCCGUCACGGCUGCCCCGGACCCCGGCCCCCAGGCCCGCCGAAGCCCGCUGCGCUGCUCCGCCCGGCGCGGAAGGCCUGCAGGCCCCAAGGCCGCCCCACGCCCCGCGCCCGCCCCAACCCCGGCGCGACCGCGGCUCUCACCGGCUCCGUCUCCGGCCCAGGGCUCAGCGGCGGCGCGCGGGCGAGGCCAUGCAGCCCCGGGCCGUCCCCGGCCCGCGGCCCGAGCGGGAAGGCGGCGCGGGCUCCAAGCGCCGGCGCGGCGGCGAGGCGGGCAGACGCGAGCCCGCCCUCGGGCUGCGCCGCGGCGGUCGGGCGCUCACUGAGGGGGCGUCGGGCCGCGCGCUCGGCCGCGCCUCCCCGCCUGGGGCCCUCGCUCCAUCGCGCUCCGGCUCGGGCGGCCUCUGGCUCCGGGACCCGGCGGCGGCUGCGGCGGCGCGGGCCGCAUGA